CAUGAAAGAAUUCACACUGGAGAGAAACCCUCUGUAUGUAAGCAAUGUGGGAAAGCUUUUACCAGACUUGGAUUUUGUAAGGAACAUGAAAGAAUUCACACUGGAGAGAAACCAUAUGUAUGUAAGCAAUGUGGGAAAGCUUUUAACACAUGGGGAUACUGUAAGCAACAUGAAAGAAUUCACACUGGAGAGAAACCCUAUGUAUGUAAGCAAUGUGGGAAAGCUUUUAACACACGUGCAAAUUGUAAGGUUCAUGAAAGAAUUCACACAGGAGAGAAACCCUAUGUAUGUAAGCAAUGUGGGAAAGCUUUUACCAGACUUGAUCAUUGUAAGGAACAUGAAAGAAUUCACACUGGAGAGAAAGUAUAUGCAUGUAAGCAAUGUGGGAAAGCUUUUAACACACGUGCACAUUGUAAGGUUCAUGCAAGAAUUCACACUGGAGAGAAACCAUAUGUAUGUAAGCAAUGUGGGAAAGCUUUU